AUGGGAAUUACAAUAACAUUUGCAGAACAGUUAUUUGGUUUUUUGAUAAAUGCAUUAUCAAUAGGACCAGGUAAGAAUAUGUUGAAAGAUAAGGAGAGAUUUACAGUUCAAAUACUAGCUGUUUAUUUGAUUUCUAAAAUACUAACAUUUGUUCUUUUCAUGUACAUCAGAUCAAAGAUUUUAAAGAGAAAUAAUCAGACAUCAUUUAAGACUAAUAAGACAGUGUCAUUUGGAGUAACAGAAGAGAUUGAAAUGAAGUACAUUGACUAUGAUUUGGAGGAGUGUAAUAAGAAUCUUAAGGGAGAAGUAUUUGGAUUACUUAUCAAUUUAGGAAUGUUUUAUAAGUUUAGAAACUUAACAUCAUUAGUAUCUAGUGCCUUUAACAUUCUUAAACCGAUAUUAUUUAAUGGGUUGGUAAGAGAGUAUGUCUAUGGACAGUAUUUAGUGAGACCUUUUGAAGAUAAUGAUAUUUUCGGUAAAAAGAUAGGACCAACUAAUAUUGCAAGUUCUAAUGAAAGACAAGCAGAAGUUAAAGAACCUGAAGAGAAAGAGGUAGAAGAGAUUUUAUCAGAAUCAUCAGAAAGCAAUGAAGAAUCAUCAGACAAUGAUGAAGUACGAGAAAGAAAAAUGGUACAAGAGUAA